UUUUUCCACGGUAGGAAAAAAGGCGCCUCUUCUUUUCCUUCCGCUUUGUGCUUCGUGGCUCUUUUGGCCCCGGCGACUCGCCAUCGCCCGUGAGGAGGCGUUUGCGAGCUGAGGUGAUGGCGACUGGGACGCCCGAUUCGCAGGCGCGAUUCGGCCAGUCGGUGAAGGGGCUUCUCACGGAGAAGGUGAACACCUGCGGCACUGACGUGAUCGCCCUCACUAAGCAGGUGCUGAAGGGCUCCCGGAGCUCGGAGAUGCUGGGCCAGGCAGCUCGAAAUAUGGUACUGCAGGAAGAUGCCAUCUUACACUCCGAAGAUAGUUUGAGGAAAAUGGCAAUAAUAACAACACAUCUGCAAUACCAGCAAGAAGCUAUUCAGAAGAAUGUUGAGCAGUCCUCGGAUCUACAGGACCAGCUGAAACAUCUGUUGAAAUAGAGCAGCUUGUAGGAAGGCUUUGCCUGAUCCCAAGGAGGAAACACCGUUGUGCUGUCGGUUUGAUUUUCCGUUUUCUUCUCCAGAAGUUAAGUUAGAAAAGGUCUGUGAAGAUGUGGAGGUUCUCCGGGAAAGAAGCUAGGCGGCUGAAUUUUGGAAGCACUUCUUGAAUCCCAUGCUAACCCAUGGGUAAUAACCCGUGCUGUUCUUGAAUGUUUAAGUUGCUAUAUUUUUUUUAAGGUGCUCUAUUAGAUUGAUGUUAAAGCAAAAUUAAAAGAUGUCUUAGUUUUUCCUAGAGAACUGUAAUGUCAAAAGCCAUGUUGUUUAUGUGUGAUUCUUAAACAAAUACCAGUAGAGUUUUAAAUUCAGAAAUAGAGCUAUUGUGAAUAUAGAAUUGAUUCAUAUUCUAUUAAAAGAAUUUUUUCUUUUAAUCAUAAA